AUGACACUUGUGCUCUCGUGGUCAUCUCGGGGAGGGGGGAAGGGAUUAGUGGAGGGUGGUAACGUCAGUCAACUCCUUCUACGGGUGUUGGAGGCAGCUCAGCAGGUUCACCAAAAGAUGUACCAUUGCCGUCGUGGAGGAGUAGUCGUACGCAUGAUGAUGAGGGUGGUGACAGUGGUGAUCAUGUUGGUCGUCACCUUACUGCUGGUGUCGUGGUUCGACCCUUUGUCUUCUUCGUCACCAUCAGACGCCGCCUUCCAUCUCCACCACGAGGAUCUCCAGGAGGCGUUAAAGACAAGCCAGAAGAAGGUACGCAGAGGGAAAAAGAUCGAUAACAACAACCAGCAUCCCGACAACCACAACAACCACCCCCUUGACAACCACAAUAAGGACCCCCUACUGCUGCCUACUCAAGGGUAUACCGUCCCUAACUGUCCCUGCGUCAGGUUCGGGCUAGACAAGAAUGCUUUAAACUCAGCGAGAGAGGCAGCUGCUACCACACCCUGGCUCUACCCUUCCUGGUUCAUAAAAAACUAUACCUUCAAGGGCGAGUCGACCUGCUCUGAUUACUCUACCCAACGAGGAGGAGGGCAGAGAGUAGUAUCCUUUUCCUACUACAGCGUCGACCCCGUGACCGAUUAUGACUCAGAACACUCCAAGAAGUACUUCAGGCCGCUGUAUGGUCGAGCUCUGGCCAUCGCAACCCUGUACCCUGGGUGGCUCAUGAGAAUCUACCACAACGUCUCCUCCCAAGACCACAACGCCACCAAGUACCUCUGUAGCAUCUACUGUGCCCACUCUCACGUUGAUCUGUGUCCGGUUACGGAGCUGCCGGACCUUGGUAACUUGAUACAGCAGGUGGUGGUGGGACGACUGUGGAGGUUUGCUGAGGGUGACCCAACCGUUGAAGCCUUUAUGAGUAGAGACACUGACAGUUGGAUCCUGGAGCGGGAGACCGUGGUGGUACAGGAAUGGCUGAAGUCUGGCAAAGCUUUCCACGUCAUACGAGACCAUCCAAGCCACAAGGCCAUUAUCUUAGCUGGAUUAUGGGGCGGCUUCAAUAUAUGGCCCAACACACUGAGGAGAGUUAGAGGAGACAUUUUUCAUCACCCCGCAAACUAUUCACUGAAAUACGACCAAUAUAUGCUGGCUACUAGAGUCUGGCCCGUUAUUAAGAACGACGUCUUGCAACAUGACAGCUACAAUUGUCUCCGGGAGGGACACACGGGAGCUAGGCCUUUCCCCGUGAAGCGUGAGGACUUCCAGUACUGUGGAUGGGGACCCUUCAAGUAUAUUGAGCGUCGUCGACUUUCUCUAACUAAAUGUCCACCCGAAUGUCGUCCCCAGAACCACAGUGACUGGAAUUACUGCUGACAAUAUACAUCAACCUUAAGUCCUCUUUUCAUCAAUAAAUAAAUAAUAAUAAUAAUAAUAAUAAUAAUAAUAAUAAUAAUAAUAAUAAUAAUAAUAAUAAUAAUAAAGAUGUCUCAUUGGCCACUCAUAAUAAAGGUGAAAUUUGAUUGGACAAAAAUCUCACCAGAACACAAUUCUAUCAAAAUAAAAUAAAUAAAAUGGGAAAUAUCCUAGUGUAGUUUAGUGUUAUAUAAGUAUGUGUAGUGGUAUAUUAAUCUGUGUAUAGUGUUAAGGAGUUAAGUGUAUGCUAUUAACAAAAUAACUAGGCUAGCAAAAGAUACCAAUGUCAUAUAACCAUACUAGUAAAUUAUUACAUAAAAUACAUUUAUACAGCUAUACAAUGAAUUACUAUACAGAUUAGCCAUUACGCACUGUUCAUUGUAUAUUUUCAGACUUCGGCUGCCAUGUUAUCUUGAUAAACCGUUAAUUAUUAUUAUUGUUAGUAGUAGCAGUAGUAAUAGUUUAAUACAUUUUACUCCUGUCUUGUAUUGUACGUACUUAAAUGUUCUAGUUCAGUAACACUUUUAUGUAAUGGUGAUCUAGUUUAUAAACCAUUAUUGUGUU